AUUAUCUGCAGUGCGCAAUUACACAAAGCUUUUUUUCUGACACUUGGGUGACUUGCUACAUCUACUGCGCUGCAGUUUAACUUGUGCGCCGUUGUGUGCUGCUGACUAUCAGAUAUAUCUUCCUCAGAUGAAGGUAUAUUUUAAAUGUCGUGGGAGGGGGUCGCCUUUGUUCGGGAGAGACUCGGUCCUUCAGGAUGUUCCUGCCAUUUUAAACAGGGGUGCAAGUGUGAACAAGGGGUUGACAUUGGAGACUGGCAAUGGGACUAGAGGAGGGAAGAGCAACAGGGAAUACAGUCAGUCGUAUACCACUGCUCUUUGAGGUAACAUCGCUAAUGGCACUAUCACAAGCAGGGAUGCAUCACUCCAAGAAUCUUUGAUUGACUUGAAGACAUCCAGCGCAGGAUCCCGUCUGCAGCUACUCGGAUGAAACGUCGUCAGGGAUAAUUACAUGCGUUGGGUUUCAAACACAUAUAAUGCACGGACAUACAUGUUGCGUCACAUGUAUGUGUCUACGACAGCUUAUGGACAUCGGAGGUUAUUAGAUUUUCACUGCUUGUAUUUUUUCCCAUUGAAAUUUACAUAUACCGGAGUUUUUUGUCUGAAAUCAAAAUGCGCCGGUUGUUACUUAAUUGGCUGCGUUUUCAGUGUAUCCGUUUGCUAAGUAAGCAUUCAGAAAACACCAAAUGACACUUAUUAUGAAGAAUGACGGUCACAGUUUUCUAUCAUCGCGUGACAAAACUGAUUUUUAUAAGGAGCUGUAAAAUAUCAAGUGACCCGUGGUUACUUUUGAAAUAAUGCGGACUUUUAAAAACUUCUGCUGCGUCGCAUUCGUCUGUUUUUUAAGUUAAAUGUCUAUUUUUGCCAAUAUCUGGGUUUUAUUUGGGCUUUGAUGAGAAGUAAACGGGACUUAAAAUAAAUAAAGUGGCCUUAAGUUCUCAUCUAAGAAGACGUAUAUGUGCCGAAGAGUUUCAUUCUACAGCGGAAUUGAUGACGAAUAUCUUACCAAAAAGGAGACUUCUCGUGAUUCCACCACUUCACAAUGAGACUUAUACCACCGGGAUUAGGCUGUCUGUCCGUUUACUUCUUUACCCUUUGCGUCAACAUUCAGGUAAGCGUUCAGUCCCCACCAAAUUUCACACAGCAUGUGAGCGAACAGAGCAGAGUGACGGACCGGGCGAGUCGGAGGCUGAUUCGCGCCUACCAGCUCUACAGCAGGACCAGCGGCAAGCACGUCCAGGUCCUCGGAGACAAGAACAUCAACGCCAUGGCAGAGGACGGAGAUGUGCACGCCAAACUCAUAGUGGAGACGGAUACUUUUGGAAGUCGAGUGAGAAUUAAAGGAGCAGCGACGGGCUACUACAUCUGCAUGAACAAACGGGGGAAACUGGUUGGAAAGAAAAACGGGCACGGGAAAGACUGCAUCUUCACAGAAAUCGUCCUGGAGAACAACUACACCGCCCUGCAGAACGCCAAAUACGAUGGCUGGUACAUGGCCUUCACACGUAAAGGCCGGCCCAGGAAGGGCUCCAAGACCCGACAGCACCAGCGGGAAGUCCACUUCAUGAAACGCCCCCCCAAAGGACACCAUUCGGCUGAGCACCGGCCCUUUCACUUCAUCAACUAUCCUUUCAACAAGAGGACUAAACGCACUCACCACUCAAGGCAGCCUUGAGGAACACCUGAGGAACCACAGUGGAAAGAAAAGCAAGGCUAACAAAAAUGAUGGCUGUUUUUUUUCCUAGAACUCUUGUAACAUUUUGUACUGGAAAUUAAUAUCCCUACCCUUUAGAUGUUUAUAAUUUUUCAGCCACAAAUAACGUUAAAAGUGAGGAUCUAUUUUUGUACUUGAGACUGUAAAGACUUUUUUUUUUAACUGAACGUGAUACACGCAACUCGACAAGCAGGAGUCCUGAUGCUCUCUGUUGCAUGGGCUUUUCUCUCUCAGUCUCGGUUUCGCUGUGUUUCUAUGGUUUCGCGCGUAUCCUGCGCCUCAUCUGCUGCUCAAGGAGACUUGAAGGGCCUCAGAGACUGCAAUGAUAAAUGGACUGACUUAACCGCAUACAGUUGACUCACAUCCAAACAGACAGGGUUCACACACCUUCAGCGAUGCAAACACGGCUUAGGUCACAUGUAAACAUGGCAGCUACUUCUUGGUAAUCAUGGGUUGGUUUCCUACUGUUGUAAUAACUGUAAAGUUGAGGUGAAAAUGCAUUGUCUGGCAUUUAGGAAGCCCUGUGUUUUUGUUGUAUUUUCGUUUGUUUUUUUUUAUGCAUAUAUACAUAUAUAUUUUUAUGGCAGAUGUGUAAAGUAAUUUUAAUGAUUGAAAUAUUUAUUUAAAAUGAGCAUUACAUUUACAUUGCAAUAUUAAAAUUUGAUUAUCUAUUAUCCUUGUUAAACGGGCGUUUAGUAGUCAGGAUUAAACCUAAAAACGCCAGUCAGAGUCAGAUUCAUUUGAGAUUUAUAUUGCAGUAAAUCAUGUGCGUUGCCAUGGUAUAUACAGGCUAGCUUAAGAUAAUAUGAUAUCCUCAGUUUGCUGUGAAUUUACCGGGAUUUACAUUGUGAAAUGUAAAGGAAUUCUCUGGGUCUCAAUAAUCCAUUUAAAGAUGCCAUGUGGUGAAGGGUUAUGAUUUUAUCAGUCCGAUAAUUAGUGUUUUACACAAUGGUUACAGGCAUACAAGAGAGUGUGCUAUUCAUUCUGUAACAUCACUUUACAAGGACGAGAAUUAUGUUACCUCUGCUGUUCAGCCAUUGUGUUUGUCUUGGAAGCUGCUUUGAGUCACAUGCCUUUUAAGAGGAAACUUUUCAUUGCCAUGUCAUGCUGUCCAACCGACACCGGUUUGCCCUAAUAAACUAAACUACAAGUUUAAUGUGGAAAACACGCAAAUACUUAUUGAUGGACUGGGUAAAUAUGCUAAGUCAAUAAAUUGAAUGUUUUUAUUUCUAAAUUUGAAUAUUGUUGCAAAAUUAUUGUUAUUAUUUUGGCCAGUACACUUAGUUGUCAACUAAGGAUUGACUUUGUAUGAGUUCUUAAUUAAAUACAUGCAAACAUAAUAGGCAGAAAUAUGGAUAGUGAAGCAUAAAAAUAUGACUAAUUGAUUACUUGCUUUAGUCUUAAUCUUACUUGUUGUAGUAACAUUGUUAAUAAUAAUAAUAAUAACUUAAUGUGAUACAUUUAAAUUAUUUUUUAUAAUGCAGAGAGAACAUAUCUACAUGAUAAAUAGUUUAGGCAUUUUAAGGUUUCAAUAAACUAUCAGCAAUGUUUAGUUUAUUAAAUAAAUAGUAUUCUCUGCUUUAUUCCCUAUGAAAUUUUUUCUGUGGAAAAAAAAAUUGAAAUACAAUACACUAAGAGAGAAAAUAAUUGUACAUUUUCAUAUUUACAAAUAAUGGAAGGUAUAACUGGCAGAUUUCCAAGAGUGGUGUCUUUCUGAUUGGAAUCAGAACCAAAGGAAAUAUUAGUAAAAGGGCUGGAGAGCAGUUUCUGUGCAAAAUCUGGGCAAGCGUUCUGUGCAGUACAGGCCCUAGGUCAGUAAUGGGACAAAUGAUGAUUUCAGUAAUUAAAUAUAGCCACAUAUUUGUUUUAUUUCCAUACUUAAUGCUGUAAUAAUAUUCAUGGUGUAUGUGUGUGUGUGUGUGUGUGUGUUUAUAUUACAUUGUGGGGAAUAAAAACCUGUUGACAAAAACUUGAUAUUUUGACAUUGUGGGGACCGUUCCUUA